AUGGCCCUGAUCAAUCCUCGACACAAUGCUAACUCUCAUCUUCGAGCUCAAACAGUCCACCUUGGUGAUGUCCUACGAGAACUUCGUGCGAUUCAGCAGGGAGCUACAGCCACUCACCUCCCAAUUGAAGCAGAACCCAACGUCCCCCGAGGUCCCCUAAGAGAUCACCAUGGCACUUGGGCAGCCUCCGACAGCAAAUGUACCGGCGCUAUGAACUACUGCGAGCAUCGGUGA